AUGGCGGCGCUCAGUGAAAAGUCGUUCAAAGAUUUGACCGUGGAAGAAAUUGCCGAAUUACUUAAAGGUGAACCUAACAAGAAUACCCAAAAAUCGACAAGAGGAAGUCGCUUAAUUUUUGAUGCGUACCUUCAGGAGAAAGGCAUUCGAAAUCCCACGACAGCUGAGGAAUUGGCGACUAUUUUGAGAAAAUUCUACGCCGAGGCGAGGAGAAAAGAUGGAAAUUUUUACACAAAAACCUCGCUUUGUGCCAUCAAAUUUGGUCUAAGUAGACACUUCAAGCAAGUACUUAAUGUCGACAUAACAAAAGACGUGGAAUUUAAUGAAGCCAACCGAGUUUAUGCAGCACAAUGCGCAGAAUUGAAGAGACAAGGACUUGAAAAAACUGGUACGAAAGCUCUAUAUGAACACAUACCUCCAAUUGACGACGAAGACAUAAAGAAAUUAUACCUAAGCGGUAUCUUCAGCACAAAAAACCCAACAACUCUACAAAACAAGGUAUUCUUUGAAAUAAUAUUGUUUUUUGGUCGCCGUGGCUCACAACUAAGUCUGCGCCAACUUAAAAAGAAUGACUUUGAAGUAAAAAUUAACUCACAAGGCAAACGCUGCGUAGUGAAAGUACCUGAUCACAGAGCAGACAACGUUCAAGCUGGAGAAAGAGGAAUAAUGAUAGCAAUCGAUAGUCCCUUCUGCCCCGUUUUUUCCUUUGAAAAAUAUUUGAGUCAUUUGAAUCCAUUCAGUGAGUUCCUUUUUCAGCGUCCAAAGUCAUGCGGUGACGGGCUAGUUUGGUAUGACAACAUGGUUAUCGGUGAGAACACUCUCGGGAAGAAGAUGAAAGUUAUCUCACAACAAGCGGAGUUGUCAAUAAUAUACUCAAAUUAUUCAAUAAGGUUAACGACAAGUACUAUACUCGACAUGUUGGUGAGUGACCUCAGAAAUGAGAGCAGCAAUAGUGAAACAGAUUUCAUAUUCACACGAACAUCAAGGCGAUCACGUUUCACAAAUGAUCAUUGA